GACGUAGGAUGCCUCAUCGUGCUAACGAGCUGACACUCCUUAGACUCGCGAACCGAUAUCACUGAGAAAAAUGAGUGUUCUGUUUAACGAAGUUAGAUGAACUGAACUUUGCAGAAAACUACUGCAACAAUGACGGUUUGUUAGGAGUCUUGGAAGUAAUUUUGCCCAGUGCAAUGUCUUCAAACUCUGACAGCACAAUAAUCCAACCCAAAGGCCUCCAGACACAGACACCCAGCAGUUUGCAACUUUCCAUCUGUCAGAGCCCAUCAAAAGUGAAGAAUGAUGAAACCACUAAAGAACAGCAUGAACUUCCCCUACAAAAUCUCAAGCUGGCAUCCCAUGAAGUACUGGAGAGAGCCCAGCAGGCUGGAAGGUCAAAGUGUUCCAAAUGCAGUAGCUCAAGAAUGUUUUAUUGUUAUUCCUGCUUUACUUUUGUUGGAGUCAGCGAACAGGAGAUUCCAAAUAUUAAGCUUCCUUUAAAGAUUGAUAUUAUUAAGCAUCCAAAUGAAACUGAUGGCAAGAGUACUGCUGUGCAUGCUAAACUGUUGGCACCAGAUGAUGUCAACAUUUUUAUAUAUCCUUGCAUUCCAGAUUAUGAAGGGCAGACUCAUGAGGUGGUACUUGUUUUCCCAGGGCCAGAGGCAGUUACAGUAGAAGAUAUUGUCAAUCGACUCCCAAAGGCAGCAAGGCCGAAAUCUUCAUUAUAUGAACCCAUUCCAAAACGAAUUAAACUAGAGGAAAGGGAAAGAGGCACUAGAUCGGCGGAUGAGGAUGUGACAGGAAAGAAGGGAAACAAGCACGUUUUGAAAAGAGUUGUAUUUAUUGACAGUACAUGGAAUCAGACCAGUAAAAUAAUUACUGAUGAGCGACUCCAAGCUCUGCUUCAGGUUGAAUUGAAAACCAGGAAAAGUUGCUUUUGGCGCCAUCAGAAGGGAAGUCCCGACACUUACCUGUCUACAAUUGAAGCAAUUUAUUAUUUUUUGAUGGACUACCAUCUGUACUGCUUGGAAGAGGAUUAUCAAGGAGAAUAUGACAACCUUCUGUUUUUCUAUUCAUUUAUGUUCCGGUUGAUCACCAAGGCAAAAUAUGCAGCAGGAAAGUUAUGAGGUGGGAGAAUUUUAGAAAGUGACUGAGCAUUGUUCUGUAUUUUUAACUAGCAAUUUAGAAUAUGACUGACUUGUCUUUUAAAAAUGACAGUUUGCAGUGCUCUCUUUUUAAAUGGCCCUUGAUCUGUACUUUUUAACAUUCUUGCCAAAUAUCACUCGGUAAGUAAAAGCGCCAUCUGUAAUCCUGUACUAAAAACGUCUUCAUCCCCUUCCACCCCCUCCAAAAUUAUUUCUGGGUCAUGUAUUAUAUAAUACAUUCUAAAAUGUUUGGUAAUUAUCCCUUGAGAUGUGAUGGGACUGUUAAAUGUCACUUUAGCGUCAUUUUCAGUUAAAAUAAAUUAAUAAUGUUUUUCAUUGGCCAAAGGUUUAACUGAUCAAACUAAGAAUGUGCUCUGCUUUGAAUCAGGUUUAAGAAGUCAAGAUGCCUCAUCUUGCAAUUAUUAUUUGUUUUCCCUGAAAGUCAUUGAUCCACCUUUGUCAUUGUCACAACUCAUUAGGAAAUAAAAUUAUAAUUAUGCUAA